AUGGCGACCAGUAUCCACCGCACCGAAGACGGCAACUUCGAGGUGUUGUUCGACGAGGAUGCCAUCCAGACGACGCUAACGGACUCCGGCGCCGUGGUGGACUCGUGGCUGGACGAGAUCCAGCGCAUCCACCGCCGCCGCCUCAACCGCCUCGUCGUCGGCAUCGACGUGGAGUGGCGCCCGUCGAUGUCCAAGGGCCACGUGCCCCCGGUCGCCCUGCUGCAGAUCUGCGUCGGCCGCCGCUGCCUCGUCUUCAAGAUCCUCCACGCCGACUACAUCCCGGAGUCGCUGUGCGACUUCCUCGCCGACGAGCGCUUCACCAUCGUGGGCGUCGGGGUCCUCGACGACGCGGCCAAGCUGCGGUCCGGGUACGGGCUCAAGGUCGGGCGCAUGGUCGACCUGCGCACGCUCGCCGCCACAACGCUCGGGAAGCCCGCCCUGCGCGGGGCCGGGCUGCAGACGCUGGUGUUCGAGGUGAUGGGCGUCAGGAUGGAGAAGCCGCACCAUGUGCGUGUCAGCGCGUGGGACGCGCGCAAGCUGACGUAUGACCAGCUCAAGUACGCCUGCGUCGACGCCUUCGCGUCGUUCGAGGUUGGCCGGAGCCUCUUCGACGGCGACUACUAG